UGGAGGUUGUAAUUGUUGACACAGCCGCUAGAGGUCAGUGUGUUCCUCUGCUCAAUCUGACAGAAUCUUCCGGGACUCAAACUUCUGCAGCAGUUCACUCUGAGGUUUUGUGUUGUCAUGUCUUCGGUUGAGAUGUCUGAAGGUUCGGUUCGAGUGGAGAUCUGCGGAGAUCAGCCGCUGUUUUACCGCCAGGCGCUUCCGGCGAGCGGCACCGCCAAGCUGUGCGUCCUGCUGCUGCACGGGAUCCGGUUCUCCUCGGAAAACUGGCUCAAGAUCGGGACUUUGGAGACUUUAGCUGCCGCGGGUUACCGAGCUGUGGCCAUCGAUCUGCCAGGUUUGGGUCAGUCUAAGGCGGCGGAGGCCCCGGCUCCAGUGGGUCAGCCGGCUCCAGGUGCGUUCCUCAGACAGGUGUGUGAGGGUCUGCAGACCGGCCCCGUUGUGAUCAUCAGCCCGUCUCUCAGCGGCAUGUACUCGCUGCCGUUCCUCUUCCAGCACUCCGAGCAGGUCAAGGCCUACAUCCCUGUAGCUCCGAUCUGCACAGAGAAGUUCACAGCACAGCAGUACAACAGUAUACAGACUCCAGCUCUUAUAGUUUACGGAGACCAGGACACUCAGCUCGGGGAAGUGUCGCUAAACAACCUGAGCCAUCUGCCCAAUCACAAAGUGGUGGUAAUGAAGGGGGCGGGGCAUCCUUGUUACCUUGAUGAUCCAGAGACCUGGCAUAAGGCAGUUCUGGACUUCUUACAGUUGUUGUGAUCAUAUCAAAACCCUAAUAGUGUACACAUGUACUAAUCAAAACACUAAUUAUAUAAGUGAACAUUAUGAAGUACAUUCAGUUUCAUACUUAUUAACUGAUUAUGUCAGAAAGGGUUGAAGGGUGUGUCAGAGACUUAAAGUUAACAUGAAAUGCUGUAUGCAACCCAAAACACACUUCUGAGUGAAAGAGGAUGGUCACUGAGAAAAUAAUAUAGGAAGGGACUUGAUUUUAUCCAAUGGAAACUGAUUAGACUGUUAAACUGGGUGUUUCAAGAAAUGUAUUAAAGUAAAUAAGUCAACUUUGAUUUUACUUUAAUUUCAAUAAUUCAAUAUUAAUUUUCUAAAUUAAAAAAAAAAGUCAAUAUUAAUUCCCAUGGAUUUAUUGAUAAUAUUCUGCCUGUCAACAUAUUAACAUAUUAUUUUAUGUUGAACAUAUAUUACUAUUAACUAUUAUAAAUUAUAACAAAUUUAGCAUUUAAUAGGUAAAAUAUUAUAUUUAAAAAUCUAUAUUUUUUAUAGAAACUAAAAUAAAUAAUAAAUGUCUGUUUCAGCAGUCAUUACAAAAUGCUGUGUUUUGACAAAAAUUGCCAAAACCUGUUGUAAUUUCACAGUACUUUUUAUUAAUAUUUAAAUAUAUUAUUUUUUACAUUAAUAUGGUCAAAUAACAAAAUUAGUUUAUAUUUUAUAUUUACCUAUUAUAAUAAAUAUGAUACUAUUUAAUGCUUAAAAGUAAAAAAAAAUUGAUAAAAUACAUGUUAUGUAUAUGUUAUCAUUUUUUUUUUUUUUACUUUUU